CAAUUGUAUAAAGGCUAAUUCACAUCGCUGCUGCUGCUCCAAGGACCUAUCUUGAUCCUCUCAAAACGCUGUCUGACCCGCCGAAGAGAAAAUCAUGAUGUUUUUCGACUCGCUUACCGGCGUCCUGUUUCCAGCAUUACUCCUAGGCUUGACAAGGGGGGCUACCAUCAAUUCCAGUGCCCCAAUUGCAACAGUCAAGAACGGAACAUAUUUUGGGAAGUAUGUUCCCAAAUGGCAGCAGGAUCAAUUUCUUGGCAUUCCUUAUGCCAUACCCCCACUUGGGCCACUCAGAUUCGCUCGCCCCAAGUCUUUGGAUACCGCAUUCACUGGCUUUAGAAAUGCAACGGAGUACGGAUUCUCUUGCUAUCAGUAUAGCAACCCAAACUUCACCCUGUCUGAAGACUGUCUCACGCUGAAUGUCGUUCGGCCUGCUGGAACUACCCCGAAGCACAAAUUGCCAGUAUUGAUCUGGGUGUAUGGAGGAGGACUUUACGCUGGUUCAACCGCUGACCCUCAGUACAAUAUCUCCGGUAUCACCCAUGUUGGACAGGAAAUUGGGAAACCUAUCAUCACAGUCUCAAUAAACUAUCGACUAGGUGUGUGGGGAUUCCUACAGACCCCGCAACUACUUGCCGAAGGAAACUCGAACGCAGGUCUCCUGGAUCAAAGGCUCGCCUUCCGCUGGAUCAAGGAAAACGUCGCUGCUUUUGGCGGAGACCCGAACCGAAUCACGAUCUGGGGGGAAUCUGCCGGAGCUCAGAGUCUAGCUUAUCAUUUGCUGUCGUAUGAUGGACGAGACGAUAAUCUCUUCCAAUCAGCUAUCCUGGAGUCUGGAGGCCCGACUGGGGCACAAGUCCAACCUCUGGCCUACUAUUCGGCACACGUAGAGAACUUGACGAGAGCUACUGACUGCUGGACUGCGAAGAACCAGCUUGCAUGCUUACGAGAUUUGUCAUCAGAUCAGCUCUGGAAGGCUCGAGUCACGACAGUUUGGAAUCCGUUGAUCGAUGGUGAUUUUCUUACCGCGUACCCAAGCACAUUAAUGGCGGAAGGCAAAUUCAUACGUCUCCCACUCCUGGACGGCGCCAAUAGCGACGAAGGAAGCAACUUCGGGAUCACUGGUGUCGACAAUGAAACAGCAAUUUUCAACAGUCUCCUAUCCUGGCGAUCAUACGCCAUUGUACCAAACACGGCUCGAAAGUUACUGGAGCUGUAUCCAAACGAUCCUGCAAACGAACCUCCGUAUUACAUCAAAAAUGCUACCGUUUUCCCAAACAAAGGGUUGCAGUGGCGUCGAAGUGCAGCCAUUGCUGGAGACAUCGUGAUGAUCUCAGGCCGCCGCAAAUUCUGCGAGCUUUACACAGCUGCAGGCCAGCCUGUGUACAGUUACCGUUUUGAUACGCCACUCUGGAAUGCUGCGGUCACUGAUGGAGCACGACACUUCGACAAUGUCGUUUUCAGCUUUCAGAACAUUUCUGGUGCACUUGGACCUCUGCCGAAAUAUCAGAAUUACACCAACUUGAGCCGCAAUAUUGGGAGAGCGUAUAUCUCCUUCAUUUACGACCACAAUCCGAAUACCAGCAGAGGCAAUAGUACGCUACCUUACUGGCCGAAGUAUGAUUUGAAGAAACCGACGAAUAUGGUGCUGAACUCCAAUAAAACAUAUGUGGAAGCUGACACAUGGAGGAAAGAAGGAAUAGACUUCAUCAAUUCUGUUGCUAGGGAGAUUCUUGCUUAAUUUAAUUCCCAAGAUACAUUCUCUUCAUCACCGAGGAUAUCAGAUAGCGACGCCAGAUUUUGAGGAUCCCAAGCGAUGUAAUGAGGUAAAAGAAAAUGCAAAGUUCAAGGGCGAUAUGUAGUUGCGCCGCUGUGGCUGUAUUCGGUAUCGCUUCAAUGGAUGGCAUCUGAUAAUACUUGAGCCGAG